CCAGAAGAAGAAGAACGCAUCUGGCGCGGCUAAAUGACAUCGUAAAUGCGCCGUCAUCAAAUAUUGUACAUGUUGGGCAGUUGCUGAGUUGAAAAGACCUAUUUAUCUUAUUUUAUUCGUGCGUCUGGCAUCUGACCUUUACACCGAUUAGCCUGUGCUGAGAAGCGAAGAAGUGCGACCUGUUGUUAAAUGCAGCCGGUUGGCUCUUUGCAAAGAGCAGCCAACAAGCUAACACCAACAGCUAGUUGUCAGGGUGGCAUUAGUGAAGCUGGCAGCUGUCACCACUGUUUGUCUCACAUGGCUGAUGAUGGAGAGAAAGGCGAGGGUUCAGCCCGGCAGCACAAUGAAAAUGGAGAUAAUGACAAGAAAAAUAGGAGCAGCAAUGGAGAAUCUGCGGCAGAAAACCAAGCUCUGUCCAAACGGCAGAGGAAGAAGCUUUUGAAACAGCAGAAGUGGGAAGAGGACAGGGACCUACGGAAGCAGAGACGAAAGGAGAAAAAGCAGCAGCGUCGCCUGCAGAGGCAGAAUCGCGAGGUGGAACCCGAGGGAGACUGCCAGAGUCCCAGGAAACGUCCACGGCGAGAGGUGACACCCAGCUCUCUGAGGCUGGUGGUGGACUGCAGCUUUGACAGCCUCAUGCUGAUCAAGGAUGUUCGGAAGCUUCACAAACAGAUCCAGCGGUGCUAUGCCGAGAACAGACGAGCUGUUCGUCCAGUACAGUUUUAUCUAACAAGCCUGGGGGGACAGCUGAAACAGAGCAUGGAUGAAAAGGACAAAGGAUGGGUAAACUGGAAGGACAUAACCAUUAAAACUGAUCACUACUGUGAAGUUGUGGCCAAGGAAGAUCUGGUUUACCUGACGUCAGACUCUCCCGAUGUGCUGGAGGAACUGGACCAAAAAAAAGCCUAUGUGAUUGGAGGCCUGGUGGACCACAACCAUCAUAAGGGGAUUACCUUUGAGAGGGCGAAGGAGCUGGGGAUUGAUCACGCUCAGCUUCCUCUGAACAGCUUUGUCAAGAUGAACAGUCGGAAGGUUCUUGCAGUUAACCAUGUGUUUGAGAUCAUCUUGGCCUUUCUGGAGAAGGGUAGCUGGAAGGAGGCCUUCUUCACCGUCCUACCUCAGAGGAAAGGAGCUGUGGCCGUAUACCAGGAUGGAACAAUCAUUCAGGAAAAAGAGGAGAAAGAUUCAGACACUGACUCUGACCCCGACACACCAGAGCAAACUGAGACAAAAAACGAACCAUUCGCCUCAAUGGACACUUAACAAAGUUCAAACAUCUGAUACCAUGCAAAAGAGGAUGAGAAACAAAAAUGUUUGGACUUGUAUCGGAAAGUUUCUGUUUCUGUCUUUAAAAUUUCACAAGGCUUUUUGGGUUUUUUUUCUAGAUAUUUAUUAAGAAUUUUUAGUUGAAUUUAGUAGUUUUACAACAGCUUUGGAAGAAUAUAGAUUAUUGUUAUCACGUUUGAGAACAAAGUGGUUUUACUUCAAAUGUUUAAUUUUUUGAUUUGGAGCUGAAAGCUAAAGCUACCAGACAUGUGCCAAAUAAUUGACAUUAUAUUUAAUACAAUAUAAUGUCAAUGUUAGCAUCAUUCCCACUGAUUUCUGGAACAUUAUGGAAUUUUGACAUUAUAGUCAGGUUGUCUAAUUGAUAGAAUUUUGUAUAUGCUUUAGAGAAAUUUAUAAUUUUGCUUGCUGAUUGGAAAUUGCCGAUAAAGGACGCGUAUGUGUAUGUCAGGUGUAUUUAAUAAGUCGUGUCGCCCUUGGUCAAUCAAAAUAUGAAAGGUGAACCAGAGGAGUGUUAAGGACACUAGCUGGAGUCUUGUGCAGUGUGAGGUAACAGAUGCUAGAUAAUUUUAACAUUGGAAGCAGGGCCCAUGUGAAAGAUUUUGAGUCAAUAGAGACCACCUGCCUCUUCCACGGCUCUAAAGCAGUGGUUCCCAACUGGGGACCCCCUAUUGAGCCUUUGCGCCCCCUAGUCUCGGGGGGUCUCGAAGCCCUUUUUAGAUUUUGAGGGUGUAAUUAUUUUUAUAUGAAAAUAUUGAUAAUUCAACAUCAUGCUCUGCCCAAUUAUCAUCUGUCCUAAUCCACUCCCUUCCCUUGACGUGAGCAGAGAGAAUCAGACAGUCGAGGUUCAGCCCUAUGGGUUCAGCGCAGAACAAACAGUUUCAGUUUCCCCCUCGUGUACCCCGAGAGAGAGAGCCAAAGUUCGAGCGAACCACACAGUGGAUGCAGAGCGGGAGCUGAGGACAGAUAAUUGAAUCAGAGAAAUAAAAGCUUUGUUUUAUUUACUUUAAAUCUGAUUGUUUUAUAGUGGUAAUGUUUAAAAGCAGAAUCAAACAUAGGCACAUCUCUGCACAAGAUAGGGUUUUUGUGUAUGCAAUGCAGCCGCAGUAGUUUCUUCCUCAAUUGAGUUUUUUACAAGAAAAAAAAAGAACUAUGAGAGUUCUUUUGAAAGGUUAACAUAUCAUACUUUUUGAACAUUUUCACUAUCAUGAAAACAGUUUUAUCACGUAACACAUUACGUGAUAACUGAUAACCGUGAUAAUUCUUGGUCACUUUAACUGUGAUGUUAAUGAUUCAGGGAGUUAAAGUGGCAGAGCAAACCGGCUAAAUUACCCGGUCCUGUAUCACAGAAUUACAAGUACGUCAUUGUAUACUUAAGUAAAAAUUUCGGGUCCCUCAAGAAAAAGGUGGGGAACCACUGGGCAACCACACUGGGUUGAACGUGUUUUGAAUUGUGACGGUGUAGACUCGGGUCGUGUGUGUUGCAGACGCUGAAAUAGUGAAAUUUCUCUUUGUGAGAGUUGAGAUUGCUUCCGGACCAACCAAGGCUGGAAAGUCUGGUUUUACAUCAAUGGCAGACACAAAGUCUGGUCAAUUGAUCAAGCUCAGGAACCACUAAGCAGAGUUAGUGAUAAGCAUCUAAGUCUGUGGAGGACACAAAAGGACACUGAAACCACACAGCACGACUGCUGCAUCUUUCUGGACACACAAACAGCAUCCCAGAAGGACCUUUCGUCUUCUUAUUUUCAUGGACUUGGCAACAUAACUGGGGCAUACAGCAUAGCAUAACGAAACAUGGCUAAGUAUAGGAAUGUUUAACCUUGAAAGUGUACUCAAUUGAUUUGAGUCAAUGGGUUCACUUAGUAUUGUUAUAUUUGUUCAUAGGUUAAUGUAAUGUUAAGACCCUGUGACUUACCCUCUUUUAACCUGACACCCAUUGUCCUGCAACAAAUGGCCUUAUCAUAGAAGCACAGCAUGUGGCUGAGCCGACACCUCUGAUGCCGCCAUUUUGUGGUUUCUUUCUUCGCCGCCAUCUUGUUUGUAGUACUUCUUAGACCUUUAACUUAACGGACACAUAGUCUGUGUACUCACACAGACACAGACACACACACACACACUCACACACUCUCAGGCUUGUAUAUAUUUUGUUUGUUAGAUUCAAUAUCGUUGUUCCAACUCAUCUUUUAAAUAAAUGUUAUUAAAUAUGCA